UCAUUCAGUUCGUUACUCCUCUGCAGCGAUAAACAAAAGCACUAUCGAAAAGAGUGUUUCUGAAAGGAAAAAGAUGCAUUUUGCUGUAAAAAUGGUGUCACUAAUGUGUAAACAAUGUGUAUGACGAUUGAUGUCAGGUGUAAAGUGUCACUUAUCGUGAAAAAUAGUGGGUUUUUCUCUGGUGAAAAUUGAACAGUUUUCAUUCAUUUUCGAGAGUAGCAAAAGGAGGAACGACCCAUCUCAUGGUGGUGUUGGUGGGAGCGUAGUAUGGAAGUGCGCUGCGGCAUGGUAGUGCGAGUGUUGCAUCACAGGGGGUGGUGACAUCGGAAUAGCAGCAGCAGCCGUCUCCUGAGUCUUGCCUUGUGGACUGUGGCUCGUAUCCACCAUGUGAUCGUUUUAGAUUUUUGUUUUCAUAUCAUGUAAAUAUUUGUUUAAAAACAGAUGGCGCCUUGUGUUGAAUUUAAUACAAUUACUAAACAUUUUUCGAGGGGUAGCUGCGGCAUCGGUGGCACCACUAUCAAACUGUGUGUAGGUGUAUAAGUGAAUGAACAUAAUAAAAAAUUUUAGAAAAAACGAUACAAUCGCAGCAUUAUUAAAGUAGGAGUGGGAGGAACUUCGGAAAGUUCUUUUUGUUUUAUGGCAGCAAAAGAGUAAUAAAAAAUCUUCGCUGUGUGGUGUGAAAGAACCCUGCGGAGGGUGCGUGCGCUAGCGAAGAAAGGUGGCCACCAAAGUGGAGAGGAACGACUCUGGCAGACGCUCGGAGCGAUAGUUAUUAUGUUAGCAGUCGUUUGUAUUGUGGCAGCAGUGUUUUGUUUACAUCGACCGGUAACGUUAGGGGAGACAACCAAUGUGCUGGAUGUGGCGGCAAGCAAUGGGCUAACUCAAUCAUCGCUGGCAGCGGCCAAGUUUCACCGCCGAAAAAAGAAUGAAAAGCUGCUGUACCGUGAUGACGAUGAACGGAUCGAACUGGGCGUGUGCCAGGUGUACACAGGGACUACCUGUGAGGAGUAUCUCAAAAAUCAGACCGUCUUUAUCACGCCGGACAUUACGAUGGAGGUGCUCGAGGAACGCCUCAAAGCUGCCUAUGGCGUCAUCAAGGAGUCUAAAGAUAUGAACGCCAACUGUCGUGGUUAUGCUUUGCCAAGUUUGUGCUACAGUAUCCUGCCGGUGUGUCGUACACCGGAAAUGACGAAUCAUCAGUAUUUUGCUAAUAAGGCAGCAGCGGAAACCGCUCGACGUGGCAAUGCUUACGGAAGGUCCAAGUUCAAAUCGCACGAGAAAAAGAAUAACCGGAAGGCGGGUCAGAAGACGGUUACUAGUUCCACUGUGAUGACUACAACCGAGAAACUAAAGGUGUAUUUCAGCGGUGGAGUUACGCCUACUUUUAGCAGUGAUGAUUUCAGAGGAGAAAUCGUUACGGAGAAUGCUUUGGAAGAAGGCUCAAGGCGACGAAGGUCGACAGAUCAAAUCAAAGAGAAGACUGGGCGUUUUCUGCAGCAAAAUACCUACGGAAGCGAUGAUGGAUAUUACUCUUCCUACUCGGCCAAUGUUAAUAGUAAGAAGAAUUACCCUCCUACGAGGAAUACGGAGAACUUGAGACGAAUUUGCCGAAAUGAUUGUGAGCUGCUGGAGAAUGAAUUAUGUCAGAAGGAGUAUGCCAUUGCGAAGAGACAUCCGACGAUUGGACAGAAGCUACCACUGGAAGAGUGUGACGAUCUGCCGACACAGUACUCGAUCGAUGGGACUAUUCUGAACGGCAUUGGUGGUCUUGGAAGUUCCGGUGAUAGGGAAUGUAUGAGAUUAGGAAUCGAAAUGGACAUCGUUCGAGAUGACGAUUGUUAUUGGGAAUCUGGCACUACCUACAGAGGAAUAUUGGAUAGAUCGAACCUUGGGAAACCUUGUAUGCGUUGGUCCAAGCUGAUGAGGGAGAUUUCAAACUAUCCCGAACUUGCUGGUCAUAACUACUGCCGGAACCCUGGCGGCGAUCAGGUGGCACCGUGGUGCUAUGUGGAUCUCAAAAAAACAAUUGAAUUCUGCCAAAUUCAAAAGUGUUCGGACCGAAUGUGGAUUUACCUAAUCGUUGGUUUUGUGGUCUUUGUUGCAACAAUUAUCAUAUCUAUCUCAGUCGUCUGCUGUAAGAAGUUCAAAAAGCACGGUGUAUCAAAUAUACAGAAUAUUAAUCUGCCGAACGUGGAUAAAAACAUUUACGGAAACUCCCGUCACAACUCACCAAUUGAAAUGACGUCCCUGAUAGCGAAUCAGAACGCAGCCGGUACUAUUCAUAGAAAUUCAGAAAAUGGCGGCAUUCAAGGGUUAAUUAGCGGUCAACCAGGACAGCAAGGGUCUUCUCAAUCCCGUAAUAAUGGGAUCGCGCGGGUUCCGCACCAUACCCUACAGGACGUGCGAUUCGUGGAAGAACUUGGAGAAGGUGCCUUCGGAAAGGUUUACAAAGGCGAACUGACACAGAAGGAUGGGGGCAAGAUUUUCGUUGCCGUCAAGGCGCUGAAAGAGAAUGCGAGCGCAAAGACGCAAGCUGAUUUCAAGCGAGAAAUCGAACUGAUCUCCGAUCUCAAACAUGACAAUAUUGUGUGUAUCUUGGGGGUGGUGCUCAAAGAGGAACCUCUCUGUAUGCUUUUUGAAUACAUGGCUCAAGGUGAUCUGCAUGAAUUUCUAAUUGCGAACUCACCCAACGAAGGUAAACAGUUGACGCAGCUUCAAUUUUUGCUGAUUUCUCAGCAAAUCUGCGAUGGCAUGGAAUAUUUGGCUAGCCAUCAUUACGUUCAUAGAGAUUUAGCUGCUAGAAACUGUUUAGUUGGUGAUCAUCUAACCGUGAAGAUAUCCGAUUUCGGUCUGUCCCGUGACAUUUACAGUUCAGAUUACUAUCGUGUUCAAUCCAAGUCGCUGCUACCCGUACGCUGGAUGCCAUCCGAAUCCAUUCUAUACGGUAAGUUUACAACCGAGAGUGAUGUUUGGUCUUACGGAGUGGUUCUGUGGGAGAUCUACAGCUAUGGACUGCAGCCGUACUAUGGUUACAGUAAUCAGGAGGUGAUCAAUAUGGUUCGAGCCAGGCAAUUGCUUCCUUGUCCGGAGGCUUGUCCAAGUGCAGUGUAUUCACUGAUGGUGGAAUGUUGGCACGAGCAAGCCGUACGUCGUCCAACAUUCCCAGAAAUUGGGCAUCGACUGAAAAUUUGGUACCAAGCACAAAAAAGAAAUGAACAAUCCGAUCCAUGUUUUAAUCGAAAAGGAUCCGUCUUAAGUGUUAAUAAUCAACGAAUGUCCUCUCAAGGCACACUAAACGCCGUUACGCCUUCGUCGUCAUCCAGUCAUAAUUCGCUUAGUCGUCACCAUCAAAUCGAUCCACGGGAACAACUACCGACCCAACCGACUCAGUCCCACCAACCUCGCAAGCACCAUCACUCUCUCGAACGAGAAAAAAUUCUACGAACGAGUCAACAGCAAACUUCCCAACAAACUCCCCAGCAGCAUUACUCCCGUCCCCACCAUCAACAUCACAACUCGUUGGAUCGUUCCAAUAGCAGCAAACUCGAGGAAGGCGAGCAGUUCGAAACUCAAAGCAAUCGAAGCUUUUACCACAAUGUUGGAACAAGCCGCAGCAAUAAGAGCAUACACUCCAUGCAAGAAAACCCACAAUCCCAAUCGCAUCAGCAUCACCAUCAAUCUAAUCCUCAGUCCUACAAAAACUUUAGUUUACCGCGAAAAAGCAUAGAAAGUAACCUGGAGUUCGGAGACGGGAACACCACUGCUGCCAGCAGUCCCGGCACCGGAUACUCUAGCCGUGAAUCCAAACGUCCUCCCAAGGACCCGCAUCGGCAUCAUCAUCACCAUCAUCAUCACGGUUCGGGACGAAGUCGGAGAAUGGAUCAUUCAGCCGGAACCAUCUCGGUAUCAUCGCUGACUAGUGAAGCUGACCUUAAUCAGCAAAAUCAAAUCUUACCAAAGAAUAGCACUCAAUCGCUUGCCCAGCCACCGAUAAGCCGGAAACAGAGCAGCAGCGGAAGUAUCCUUAGCGUGGCUAGUGAGUCUAAUAGUUCCUUCAGCAAUGGGAACUACAACAGCAACAGCAACAACAACAGCACCAACAACCAGGCGGUUACUCCCUCCGGGGACAGUGCGACUGGUACCGCCGGAUCAGUAACGGGGGGGUUGCCUUUGAUGCAAAGCUCGUACCACGAAGGGUAAAAAUCAAAUGCCGUUUUUUUUUGUUUUAGUAUUUAUUUGGAAUAUUAUACUGCAUGCAUUUAUCAUAGUAAGUUAGAAAGAGAAUGAGACCGUGGGCGGUUAGGGUUAUUUAGUUAAGCGAAACAGUACUAGGUCUAGUAUAAAGACGUAUUCCGUGGACAGGCUUUAGAGCAGGAUGUCCUCAGAGUAGUCAAAACAUUGACUUGAUGCGUAGAAAUGAUCUCCGAUUCGAAAACGUGAAAUAGUACGGAAAAUAGCUCUUAUUUUAAUAAUUGACGUAUUACCAGACUUGAAAUUUUUAUUAAAUGCUGGCUUAUUUAUUUAUGUUGUAUUUCUGUAAUAUUAUAGACUCGUAACAUGAUUUGCAAAGUAUAGUACAAGUCAGUUUUAUUUUAAAUACCUCCUUCUGGUAAAUAAUAUACUUUGACAGAAGCGUGAAGACAUCCAUCUCAGAAAUAUUCUCAUACUUUAUAAUAUAAUCUCAAAGAAAGACGAACUUGCUGUCUGGUGAAAUAAAUUUAAGUAUUACAUGA